GAGGGGGGCCACCAGGUGGCGCGUUGGAAGAUGGCUGACAUGACAUCUCUCUGACCCAUACGAGGUACUAAGGGGCUACUAUGGGAAGUAUGUAGCCUUCCUGAACUCCUCCAGGAUGUGGAGGAGAACUGCCCUGCCAGCUGUGUUCACAAUGCACCCCUGAAACGAGUGAUGGGGGUGCCGAACACAUGGCAAAAGGCCCUCGGUGAAGUCAGACCUUCCUGACGCCGAUUCCAAUUAGCGCGUGCUGGUUGCUUCAGCUGGAAUUAUAAUUGGAAACAUACGAUUGGAAACGAAGCUGAAAGCACAGACAUCAAGUAAAGCUCGAAGAUAAGACUGCUGAUUAAUGGAUAUCUUGCGACCAGGAGUGAUGGAUGGAUAAGUAAAUCUUCUGAUGAAUCACCAUAAGGAGACUGUAUGUUUGGAAUGAAGGGGGGGGUGGAGGAAAAAACUCUUUUUUUCUUUGCAUGAUGUGAUAUUAAUAACCCUUCACCCCAGAUAGAAACAAGAUUGUUGCGUUUCUAUGAAACAUAGGCAGAAUUUUAAGAACUAUGUGGGACGGAGUACAAGGAAAAAGACUGCAGAACGGUGAGAAAGGAAGAAAAUUUUUAUGACGCAGUUAAAAAAUGGCGUCUCGCCAUGACAGGUUUACCGAGGAAGAAGGACUGGGGGAGGAGAAUCAGGAUUGUUUGAAAGAGAAGGAAUGUUGGAAUGUAAGUUUGACCUGACAGAACCCCCAGACUCAUUUGUUAUUUGGUAAGCCUGAGAAAAAUAAAGGACAGAUCGGAGAUUAACUUUGUUUAUGGAAGCGUUUACAGAGGCUGUCCCGGAUCAAUAUGAUUUUUGGAAAAGUACAAAAUCCACAUAGAAUGCCAGCUGUUACCCUGCUUGUGAAAAUCAUCAGAGAUUGCAAAGAAAGGAAUUUAUGAUAACAACAAGAAGAGAAAAGAAGUAACAAAGGACUUUCCAAAUCAAACUGGAGAGAACUGUCUAAUUAAUGCAGUAAGAUAAGUGAUGCUGUUUUGGACUCGAGCCGAGCUUGAUGUAUGGGUACCCCCAACAAAAUUUAAAAUUUGGCUGUAUAAUUUGGAAUCAAUGCGAUAAUGUGAUGUGAUUGGCCUGUUAAUAAAAAUUAUUUUUUCUAAAAAAAAGAUGUAUGGAAGUGAGAGCUGGACCGUAAAGAAGGCUGAUCGCCGAAGAAUGGAUGCUUUUGAAUUCUGGUGCUGGAGGAGACUCUUGAGAGUCCCAUGGACUGCAAGAAGAUCAAACCUCUCAAUUCUGAAGGAAAUCAGCCCCGAGUGCUCACUGGAAGGACAGAUCGUGAAGCUGAGGCUCCAAGACUUUGGCCACCUCAUGAGAAGAGAAGACUCCCUGGAAAAGACCCUGAUGUUGGGAAAGAUGGAGGGCACAAGGAGAAGGGGACGACAGAGGACGAGAUGGUGGGACAGUGUUCUGGAAGCGACCAGCAUGAGUUUGACCAAACUGCGGGAGGCAGUGGAGGACAGGAGUGCCUGGCGUGCUCUGGUCCAGGGGGUCACGAAGAGGCGGACACGACUAAACGACUAAACAACAACAACAUUACUUCCCUUGGUUUGGACACGGUAAUUCUGUUAAUGCAGCCUGGAAUUGCACCAGCUUUUUCUUUUCUUUUCUUGCUUUGCUGUUGCAUCGCACUGUUCACUCAUGUUCAGACUGUGGUCCACUAAGAUGCCUGGAUCCUUUUCACAUGUCCUACUGGCAAACCAGCCUGUUGCCCCACGUUACAUUUGUGCAGCUGGUUCCUCCUGCCCAAGUGCUGGACCUUACAUUUGUCCAUUUUGAAAUUCAGUUUGUUAGCUGGGCCCCAGUUCUCUGGUCUGUUAAGCUCAUUGCGAAUCCAGAUUCGGUCUUCUGCGGCGUUAGCUACCCUUCUCAGUUUGGUGUCAUCUGCAAAUUUGACAAUCAUCACCUCUAUUCCUUUACCCAAGUCAUUUACAAAAACGUUGAACAACAACAGGCCCUGGACACAACCCUGCAACACCUGAAGCGUAUGUAACCCGAGGUACCACUGUAUAACUCAAAAUAAUGCAAGCUCAAAGAAUAUAUCUACGGUCUCAAAUCAACCUUGUGGAGAUAUAGACAAUCUUACAAAUUACUGUUCAGUGUCACCAGAUUCAAGAGUUCAGCUGUCAUGUACUGAAGGCCAGAGUGCAGAUUCUCAGUGUUAAAUCUUGUAGAAUCAUACACUUUCUAGGGUGAGGCAAAGAGUCAUCCAGAUAAAAUCUCAGUUUCUUCUCCCUUUUUCAUGUCAGCUGAAGUACAUUGAUGAACAGGCAACUUGAAUGCUCUCAAGUAGGUCAGUUGCUGCCUUGAUUUUACCCAGACGCCUCCUUCUCAGAGUCUUCCUCGUACACCAUGUCUUAUGUUUUGAUACUUAUCUUGCCUUCUGACACUUGAUAAUACUUGCGGGUUGCAUUAUCCUAGCCAGUCAUCUUUUGAAAUGGUACAUACCCUGGUUUCAGAAACCCUGGUCACAGACCUCCCCUAUCGCCUCUUCAUGCACAAAAUGUGCUCUUUUGAGUGGCUCUGAAGGAUUCGUUAAGUGAAAGGAACUAUCGGGAGAGGUUUCCUCAAGGUAUUUCCUCCCGCAGAGGAAAUAUUUGUGGUCAUUAAGAGCCAAGGCGGCUUCAGGAUUCCUCCCCUGCACUAUUUCAGACACGUGGUUUGGGUACUUACGUACGUGUGUUUAUCUUGUGCAUUGAUGAGCCUUCGUUUUUAUUUGUGAUGCCUUAGAAUUCUUGUGACACUCUGAAGAGGGAUGGGGGGGAGCCAUGUCUCUUUAAAGUGGCGCGGCAGUGCUUCAAACAUAUAGAAAAACAUUGCACGUUAAAAAGUAUGCCCUUUUCUUAUUGGAAGUCCUCAACCUCCCCGAUAAUGGCCUCAUUAUGCUACACAGAGUAGGUUUGGGCGUCUCUUCUGCUAAACAUGUUUACGUGUAAGAGAACAGCACUUUCUGGAAAAGAUCUAAUAAUCAUUAUACCUUUAUAGGGCAGGAAUUGCCAAAAGAGCGGAAUAAGUUAUUCAUGCAGCUAGGAUAUUACUAGCCCCAAAAUGGAAAGACAAGAAGAUGCCAACGAAAGAAAAUGGAAAGUUAAACUUAUGGAAUGCACAGAAAUGGCAAAACUCACAGGAAGACUCAAAGACAAGGACAAUAGAGACUCUAAAAAAGACUGGGAAGCGUUCCUGCUGUAGUUACAGAAACACCGUAAAGAAAUGGACUCACUAGCAGGAUUUGAGUAAACACAAUUAUGAAAACAAAUGUACAGAUUAAGAAGCAAUAAAUCAGAAAUUAAUUAUGUGAAAGAUAUAAUUGGAAAGAACAUACGGUCUAAAUAAGUGAUAAGAAUAUAAGAGCAUUUAAUGAAAAGAAAAUAGGAAGAAAUAAAUUACGCAGAAGUAGCAAACAUUUAAUAAACCAGAAGGGGAAGAUGAGGGAAGUGACAGGGUGUGGGGGGGAAUAUAUAUGAAUUCUACUACUACUAUUAUUAUUAUUAUUAUUAUUAUUAUUACAUGAUUGAUUUGUGAAAUAUUAAACUGUAAAACCAAUAAAAAUAUUUUUUUAGGGUACAACAUGUUGUUACUGUUCAAAACCAGAGAAGAGAGAGAAAGAUUUAAGUGAAUUUCUUGGAGAAUAGGUGGGAUGCAAAUGUAAAACUAGAACUAGUUGGAUGGACAUCCACUGAAGCUGAGCGGGGAGUGGGGAGCCAACAGCUGAGAGCCGCCUUGCCCGGCCCUGGCGCCCUCCAGAUGUUGUGGGCAGCAGCAGCUGUUCUGGCUUGAGCUGACAGGAGCUGGAGCCCAAAGCCCAGGGGCAGAGAGCAGCUGCUUUGCGGGGAGAAAGUCCCAGGUUCCGUUCUCUGCCUGAAAUCCUGGAGACCACAGCUGCCAGUCAGUGUAGACAAUAUGGGGCUAGAUGGACCCAUAAGUCUGACUCAGCACAAGGCUCCUGCGUCCAAGUCCCCUGUCAACAUGGCAGGAUAACUUUUUCUGAUGCUGAAGGAAGGUGAGGACAGGUGACCUCACCUAGGCCCGAAGUCACCCCCCACCAAAGCAGGCUCAAAGCUUCUCAAAACUUUUCAAAAUCAUUUUCUCAGCAGCUAAGCAUCAGAAACAUUCCGCUCUGCUGUAACAAAGGUAGAGAACAGUCCAUUGUUUCUCAGGCCUUUCUCAUGUCUUCUGGCCUUGCUAAAGAACCACAUUGCAACUUACUUUCUGUCCGGGAACCAUGCCAGAACAAGAGAUUGAAACAUAUCUGAACAUGCUGGAAACCCCUGGGCUUCUCACCCCCCCCUUUCCUGGGAAGGGUGCCAAGAGUCCACAAUAGUCCCAAGACAGCUUUCUGUUCAUGCUCAGAGGAACUCCUGAGGGAGGAGAAAGGGGGAGGGAACUGGAAAGGGGUAUAUAUGCUUGUGCACAUGAUUGUGAACUCGUGCAUGCUUUUUGUGAACUAUCACACUUGCUCCUUCUACCAGUUCAUGGAUGGUAGAAAUAAAAGCCUUUUCUCCGAAACUAUUCCUUGAGUGUCUGUUGACUCCCACUUCCCUUUCCCGGGCGCAAUAUUUUUCCCACCUGAGGGCAAAGCCUCAUAAGGCUACAAUGCUAAGAGCUGUUGCCUGUUGCCUUUGUCCAUGGAGUUUUUUUGGCAGGGAUACUGGAGUUGUAGCACCCUGCUUGUGGUUAACGCUUAGCUGGAAUGAAAUAUUCAACGCAGCAAUAGAGAAAUUAAAAUAAUAAUUUAUUUGUCAGACAAAUAAAUGAGAGACACAGUGGUAUAUGGUUACCAAAGCUCUGCCCACUCCAGCCCUGAUGGCCAGCACUUAUAUUUCCUCAGCCCAGCCCCUUGCUCCUCCUUUGGCUGCCUCUGUCCAAUCAGCCUGGUUGAAAUUCCUAUUGGCUGUUUGCUAGAACCAAUCAUAAAAGAUACACCCAUUUCCUAUUACCUUUUAUGGGAGACAAAGAGCUAUAUUUCCUUCUAUCCAUAAAUGGCAGACAAGUAGCCAUAUAUCUUACAUUUGCCUCGACAAGGCACCUUAAUUACCAGAUCAUCUUUGCCCUAUUGCCCUAUUCACUCCAAAACAGAUGGCUAAACAGAUGGCUCAUGGUUUUAAAUUUUAUCUUAAACAGAGAUCCUGGGUUCACAUUCUCACACACCAUCAAUGAAAUAAGAAUCUAACAUAAGAAUCUAACAUUUCUUACUUUCUAAAUCCUUUGCAUAAUUACAUUUAAGCCAAUAUAUUUCAUACAUUAACAUAGAUAGAUUUUUAGAAGGAAAGGAACAGUUUCAAAGUAGAAAGGAAACAGCUUCAGAGAGAAGCCUCUUCAGUUUACAACUCCCUUUCCCAGCCAGCUGCUGUUCCUAUUAGCUCUUGCCCUUUAACCUUAUGAAAAUAUGGCUGAGUCUAAUGGGAGGCACCUGGUAUUAUUUUCUGUUAAACAAUAAAUUUUACUAUUUACCAAUUCUUAAUUAGUGUUUUUGCAGCUUGAUUGUAUUCUGUAAUUUGUAUGGUCAGUAUGACCUUUGCUCCCAGCCUGUAAUUCCCUUUUACAACUUUGAGGUACUGCUAUAAAUCAGGGGGGCUCUGUUCAAGGAGAUAAACAACUGCCAAAGUACUUAGCCAGCUGCUUUAUGCCUGGCAUAAAACAUACAAACAUUUGCAAAUAUAUUUUUUAAGCUCAUUUUAAAAUACAGACCUUGAUCAGAUGCCUCAGAGCGGCUUGCCGGUUCCUGCUCCAGGUGGAUCACGUUUGGUCAAAACUCUCCACUAUGACCUGUCCAUCUUGGGUGGCCCUGCACGGCAUCGCUCAUAGCUUCUCCGAGUUAUUCAAGCCCCUUCGCCACAGCAAGGCAGUGAUCCAUGAAGGGAUGGUUGGACAGUGUUCUCGAAGCUACCAAUAUGAGGGAGGCAGUGGAAGACAGGCAUGCCUGGCGUGCUCUGGUCCAGGGGGUCACAAAGAGUCGGACACGACUAAACGACUAAACAACAACAAGAGCUGUUAGGCAGUGGAAGAGACUCCCUCAGAAAAUGGUAGACUCUCCAGUGAGAGCCAGUGUGGUGUAAUAAUAAUAAUAAUAAUAAAUUUUUAUUAAUAUCCCGCCCUCCCCAGCCGAAGCCAGGCUCAGAGCAGCUAACAACAGUAAAAUAAUACAGCAUUCUAAAACCAAUUCAUUAUAAAAUCAGUAGUGAUUAAGAGUUCUCUUUCUCAAGCUCUGGGAAGAAGACCUUUCAUUGCCUACAGACAGCCACCCAAUCUUAAGCCACUCCUCGCCCACAAUAAUACAACUGGUACCAGAGCCUGCAAUAAACUGGCCCCAACAUCAUCUCAAGCCUAUUUAAUUGCUCAUCUUCUAACAUUGUGUAUUCUAUCAAAUGCCAGCAGUGCUCUUCAGCUCUCUAUAUUGGGCAAACAGACCAAACCCUGCGCCAAAGGAUAAAUGGACAUAAAUCUGACAUCAGGAAUCACAAGACAGAGAAACCGGUAGGAGAACAUUUCAGUCUCCCAGGACAUUCUAUACAAGAUCUCAAAGUAGCUGUCUUAUUGCAAAAUAAUUUCAGAAAGAGACCGGAAAGAGAGGUUGCUGAAUUACAACUUAUCACUAAACUGAAAACUAUGGAGAGACCUGGUCUUAAUAGAGAUAUUGGAUUCCUUUCUCAUUACAUAUGCUAAUCAUCUGCAUACCAUCCCUUGUUUUUUCCUGUAGUUCUAAUUGCAGUUGUUAACAGGUUUACCAUACCCACUGAGUCAAUCACCCAUCUCCCACUACCCUUCUGAGAAAAACCCCACCCACCCUCCCACUAUAUAUAAGGGUCUGGUGACUUCUGUUUCAGUGAAUCUGAAGAAGUGUGCAUGCACACGAAAACUCAUACCAAGAACAAACUUAGUUGGUCUCUAAGGUGCUACUGGAAGGAUUUUUUAAAUUUUGUUUUUUCAAUGAAUUUAUGGGGUAAGUUCUAUCCAGCUAGCCUGGCUAAAGCUGUUUGACAGGUAUGGUUGGUUCUUGCGACAGCUCAGGGAACAACGCUGAAACCAUUGCAAAUGCAUCCAUUGACGGAGACCCAAUGCUCCUUGCCAACAGUGCAUAUCCAAAUUGAUAAUUGUCCAUGAGCUAGAAGGGGCUGGUUGUUACUGUCUGGAGUCAUGUCCCCCCCCCCCCAUUUUGAUAGCCUAUGACCUUUUGGUCGGCAGUUCGAAUCCCUGCGACGGGGUGAGCUAGCGUUGCUCGGUCCCUGCUCCUGCCAACCUAGCAGUUCAAAAGCACGUCAAAGUGCAAGUAGAUAAAUAGGUACCGCUCCGCCGGGAAGGUAAACGGCGUUUCCAUGCGCUGCUCUGGUUCGCCAGAAGCGGCUUGGUCCUGCUGGCUACAUGACCCGGAAGCUGUACGCCGGCUCCCUCGGCCAAUAGAGCAAGAUGAGCGCACAACCCCAGAGUUGUCUGCGACUGGACCUAAUGGUCAGGGGUCCCUUUACCUUUAUGACCUUAUUAAAAUGAGCAACCAUGUUGGCUACUGGCAAUACUGUAGAUACGCUACACAGGAAAAAACCCACGUUAAUUGUGUAAAACAUAAAUACAUAAUACUCAGUUUGGGACUAUAAUUUUCACAUCUUGUGUCCAAUUAAGGCCCAAAAGGGUUCAAACUGACCUGACCUGAAAUAAUUUCUGAAAACAGCAUGGAAAAAUGCAGGCAACACAAAAUCUGUAAAUCAUGCGAGGAACACACACAGGUUUCACUUAUGGAUGAGUUUCACUAAAGGCAGCACUGUUUAGGGAAGCUUUUAAUAUUUGAUGAAUUGUUGUAUUUUAACAUCAAAAAAACGAAGAUCAUGGCCACUGGUCCCAUAAACUCAUGGCAAAUAGAAGGGGAAGAAAUGGAGGCAGCAAGAGAUUUUACUUUCUUGGGCUCCAUGAUCACUGCAGAUGGUGACAGCAGUCACAAAAUUAAAAGACGCCUGCUUCUUGGGAGAAAAGCGAUGACAAACCUAGACAGCAUCUUAAAAAGCAGAGACAUCACCUUGCCAACAAAGGUCCGUAUUGUUAAAGCUAUGGUUUUCCCAGUAGUGAUGUACGGAAGUGAGAGCUGGACCAUAAAGAAGGCUGAUCGCCGAAGAAUGGAUGCUUUUGAAUUCUGGUGCUGGAGGAGACUCUUGAGAGUCCCAUGGACUGCAAGAAGAUCAAACGCAUCCAUUCUGAAGGAAAUCAGCCCUGAGUGCUCAAUGGAAGGACAGAUCCUGAAGCUGAGGCUCCAAUAUGUGAUCUCAGAACCACUGGCAGUCAUCUUUGAGAAUUCCUGGAGAACAGGCGAAGUCCCGGCAGACUGGAGGAGGGCAAAUGUUGUCCCUAUUUUCAAAAAGGGGAAAAGAGAGGACCCAAAUAAUUACCGCCCAGUCAGUCUGACAUCAAUACCAGGGAAGAUUCUGGAGCAGAUCAUUAAGCAAACAGUCUGUGAGCACCUAGAAAGGAAUGCUGUGAUCACUCAAUAGUCAGCAUGGAUUUCUGAAAAAUAAGUCAUGUCAGACUAACCUGAUCUCAUUUUUUGACAGAAUUACAAGCCUGGUAGAUGAAGGGAACGCAGUGGAUGUAGCCUACCUUGAUCUCAGCAAGGCAUUUGACAAGGUGCCCCAUGAUAUUCUUGUAAAGAAGCUGGUAAAAUGCGGUCUUGACUAUGCUACCACUCAGUGGAUUUGUAACUGGCUGACUGACCGAACCCAAAGGGUGCUCAUCAAUGGUCCCUCUUCAUCCUGGAGAAGAGUGACUAGUGGGGUGCCACAGGGUUCUGUCUUGGGCCCGGUCUUAUUCAACAUCUUUAUCAACGACUUGGAUGAUGGACUCAAGGGCAUCCUGAUCAAAUUUGCAGAUGACACCAAACUGUGAGGGGUGGCUAACACCCCAGAGGAGAGGAUCACACUUCAAAACGACCUUGACAGAUUAGAGAACUGGGCCAAAACAAGCAAGAUGAAUUUUAACAGGGAGAAAUGUAAAGUAUUGCACUUGGGCAAAAAAAAUGAGAGGCACAAAUACAAGAUGGGAGACACCUGGCUUGAGAGCAGUACAUGUGAAAAGGAUCUAGGAGUCUUGGUUGACCACAAACUUGACAUGAGCCAACAGUGUGACGUGGCAGCUAAAAAGCCAAUGCAAUUCUGGGCUGCAUCAAUAGGAGUAUAGCAUCUAGAUCAAGGGAAGUAAUAGUGCCACUGUAUUCUGCUCUGGUCAGACCUCACCUGGAGUACUGUGUCCAGUUCUGGGCACCACAGUUCAAGAAGGACACUUACAAACUGGAACGUGUCCAGAGGAGGGCAACCAAAAUGGUCAAAGGCCUGGAAACGAUGCCUUAUGAGGAACGGCUAAGGGAGCUGGGCAUGUUUAGCCUGGAGAAGAGGCGGUUAAGGGGUGAUAUGAUAGCCAUGUUCAAAUAUAUAAAAGGAUGUCACAUAGAGGAGGGAGAAAGGUUGUUUUCUGCUGCUCCAGAGAAGCGGACACGGAGCAAUGGAUCCAAACUGCAAGAAAGAAGAUUCCACCUAAACAUUAGGAAGAACUUCCUGACAGUAAGAGCUGUUUGACAGUGGAAUUUGCUGCCAAGGAGUGUGGUGAAGUCUCCUUCUUUGGAGGUCUUUAAGCAGAGGCUUGACAACCAUAUGUCAGGAGUGCUCUGAUGGUGUUUCCUUCUUGGCAGGGGGUUGGACUCGAUGGCCCUUGUGGUCUCUUCCAACUCUAUGAUUCUAUGAUUCUAUGAUUCUAAGACUUUGGCCACCUCAUGAGAAGAGAAGACUCCCUGGAAAAGACCCUGAUGUUGGGAAAGAUGGAGGCCACAAGGAGAAGGGGACGGCAGAGGACGAGAUGGUGAGACAGUGUUCUUGAAGCGACCAGCAUGAAUUUGACGAAAUUCCAUGAGGCAGUGGAAGACAGGCGGGCCUGGUGUGCUCUGGUCCACGGGGUCACAAAGAGUCGGACACGACUAAACGACUAAAAACAACAACAUUUUGCUGGAAGCCGCCCAGAGUUUCUGGGGAAACCCAGCCAGAUGGGCGGCGUAUAAAUAAUAUUUUUAAAAAAUUAUUUAUUUAUUCCUUCCUUCCUUCCUUCCUUCCUUCAUUCAUUCAGAGCAUUUGUGCCCUCAGCCUUUCUAGAAAAAGACACAGCAUGCAAAGGGGGGGGGGGGGAGGAAAACCAAAAUCAAAACUCAGGCACUGAUUACCAAACAGCUGUCCCUACAAAGAUCAUUUCAGGGGCAAGGAGACGCUUGAUAGUGGGGUGGGAGAGCUCAGGGAAAAAGUCACAUAUGGCAACCAUUGCACCACUUUGGUUUCAGAUAGUACAUGGGUAAAGGGUAAAUGUAAAGAUACUGUUAGGUCCAUUUGCAGACGACUCUGGGGUUGUGGCGCUCAUCUCACUUUACUGGCUGAGGGAGCCGGCGUUUGUCCGCAGACAGUUUUUCCGGGUCAUGUGGCCAGCAGGACUAAGCCGCUUCUGGCGAAACCAGAGCAGCGCACGGAAAUGCCUUUUACCUUCCCGCCACAGUGGUACCUAUUUAUCUACUUGCACUUGACAUGCUUUCGAACUGCUAGGUUGGCAGGAGCAGGGACCAAGCAAUGGGAGCUCACCCCGUCGCGGGGAUUCGAACCGCCGACCUUCUGAUCGGCAAGUCCUGGGCUCUGUGGUUUAACCCACAGCGCCACCCGCACCCCUUAGUACAUGGGUAGGUGAGUCUAAAAAGCCCCGGACACAAAUGUUCAUGGCUCUCUAGAAGCUAUGAUGGUUCCUUGACCCGAAGUACUGCAUUUAGCAUUUACUCAGGAAGUGUAGACUCGAUUCUGACCCAACUAACCCACCCAGCCAAAUAUACAUCAGUUUGACACCCACACACCCCCAUAUCAUAGAACCAUAAAACCAUAGAAUUGUAGAGUUGGAAAUGACACCAAUUUCCACCCCCUGAAAAUAUGACCAUAAAACCUUCUUCCCCUCCUUAUUCGAUGUAAUAGCCCCAAACAGAAAGAAACUGAUCAGAGUUUCAGAAAGAGAAACACGCUUCCCACUGUAUGCAGGUCUUGGUCACACUGUCGCUAAGGAUCUGCACAACGGUUAAAAAAACCCACCCAUCGCCCAAAAGAGUAAUUAGCAGGACACAGGUAGACACAAAGCACACCUUCCUAAACAUGGGCCAGGACGCCGAAAUCUUUCUUCACAGUGCAGAGUCGCUGCAGCCUCUUGAUUUUAACAAUUACCUUUGACUGACAGCUGCAACGUCCCUGGCACACCGUGUUCCACAAUUACGUUCCAUUUGAAGAUAGCGAAUCAUCAUCUUCACGGCAGAGGAGUUAGUUGCAUGUGACAACGACACACUUUCUAAAGUGCGAAUCUAUUCCCUUUGGCCAUCGUUGCCCACGGAGGUAGGAAUUCCUCAGGGGAGCAAACUGGUUGAGCAGGUGCCUUAGCCCAGCAGGUUGGACAGGAUUUGGGUUCAACAAGGGUAGUCUCACCUCACUCUCAGAAGGCAGCUGUGGGGAUCACACCCCAAGCGACUCUCCAUAAAAGCGGGGAGAGUCUUGAGUCAGGCUCAGAGAGGUUCUCCCCAUGGGCAACACCGGGAGCAGAGAUGACUUUGAGUGGGUCUACACAGACCAGCCCCACACAAGCCGAAGGAAGGAGAUCCUGGGUGAGUUGCAAGUGGAGGACUCUGCCAAGGGCAGAGACGGGAGGGAUGGGUGAAGGGCGAAGUGGGUGAACUGGGACCAGGUGGGUAGGGAACUGGACUGACGUGGCUACCAGCACCAAGAAGGGCUGGAUUUAGGUUGGAUGAGGCCCUGAGCUCCUGAAGGUAAUGGGGCCCUUGAUAUGUCCAGCUGUCCUUUGUCAACAACAAAUUGCGGCUGCUUUUUGUAUUGAAUAUAUGCUAGAUGGUCAUUUGUGGACCUCAUAGGUAUCUCAAGCCAUUUGCACAUCCCAAAAUAUGUAUUUUAUCAAAGUAAUUGUUGAACUGAAGUACAAUUAAGAAGUGAAAUUAGUAAUUGUAUUUCACUACUAAUAGACUUAAGAAGUUUAUUAGCAGUGAAAUACAAUUGAGAAGAAGCAUAUUAAUAGUGAAAUAAUUAUUAAGCUCUUAACUUAAAAUGAUUUUUUGAUUCAUAGCAAACCGAAUAAUGCAAACCCAUUGGCAUUUGGUAAUAACAGAAGUUUCUUUAGAAACACAAUUUGCAAGGACUCAUAAUCUAGUAGGCUCUGGAAACUCGCUAUAACAUGAAAUAAUAAUAGGUGAUAUAUGAUGCAAACUUCUAAUAAUUAUAAGUAGCUUUAUUAAGAUGAAGUUAAGUUUUAUAACCUGUACAAUGCAAGUGUAGUUAAUAAAAGCAGGCAGGGCCCAUUGCUUACAUCAUAGGAGCCAACACAACGCAACAACGCAACGCAACACAACACACUGUUGCUGUAUUUAGUUUUUAUUUUAUCUGUUUUUUAUCUUUUAUUUUAGAAAUGUACAUCCAGUUGUUUUUUUACUUUAAUUUUUUGGGGGGCCCUACGCUAGAGCUUGUUUAUACGUAAAUCCAGCACUGGCCCCAAGGAUCAAGUUGGACCUCGGCUGUUUCAAGGUGCGCGUCUGAAUCGUCAUGCGUGUCCGGCGCUGAUGUGUAUUCCUGCACACACUACUAAGAGACGUAGGACCGUCUACUAGAGUUACCAUUUCAGUGUGCUAGGAUUAUUUGGUUAGGACCUUUUGCAAGAGUUUGAGAUCCGUCUGCAGACCCUCCAAAUGUCUCUAUUUUCUAGAGAUAUUCCUGGAUUUGCAGAAGCCGUCCCGGUUUCUGAAUUGAUCCUUGAAUGUCCUGCUUUUCCUUAAAGUUAAAGGUAAAGGGACCCCUGACCAUUAGGUCCAGUCGUGACCGACUCUGGGGUUGCGACGCUCAUCUCGCUUUAUUGGCCGAGGGAGCCGGCAUACAGCUUCCGGGUCAUGUGGCCAGCAGGACUAAGCUGCUUCUGGCGAACCAGAGCAGUGCACGGAAAUGCCGUUUACCUUCCCGCUGGAGCGGUACCUAUUUAUCUACUUGCACUUUGACGUGCUUUCAAACUGCUAGGUUGGCAGGAGCAGGGACUGAGCAAUGGGAGCUCACCCCGUCGCGGGAAUUCAAACCGCCGACCUUCUGAUCAGCAAGUCCUAGGCUCUGUGGUUUAACCCACAGGCCACCCACGUCCCUUUUCCUUAGGACAUCCCUAUUUUCAUCAGAGAAAUGUUGGAGGGUAUGGAGUUAUCUGACCCCCGUGGCAUCUGAAGGCAGCUCUGUAUAGGGAAGUUUUUAAAUGUUUACUGUUUUAUUAUGUUUGUAUGUAUGUUGGAAGCCACCCAGAGUGGCUGGGGCAACCAAAUAAGAUGGGCGGGUAUAAAUAGUAAAGUUAUUAUCGUUGCUGUUGAAUAGGACAGCCCUAUUUUCAUCAGGUGGACGCAGGUGGCGCUGUGGGUAAAACCUCAGUGCCUAGGGCUUGCCGAUUGUAUGGUCGGCGGUUCGAAUCCCCGCGGCGGGAUGAGCUCCCAUCUUCGGUCCCAGCUCCUGCCCACCUAGCAGUUCGAAAGCACUCUUAAGUGCAAGUAGAUAAAUAGGUACUGCUUUAUAGCGGGAAGGUAAAUGGCAUUUCUGUGUGCUGCGCUGGUGCAGGCUCGCCAGAGCAGCGAUGUCACACUGGCCACGUGACCCGGAAGUGUCUCCAGACAGCGCUGGCCCCCGGCCUCUUAAACGAGAUGAGCACGUAACCCUAGAGUCUGACACAACUGGCCCGUACGGGCAGGGGUACCUUUACCUUUUUAUUUUCAUCAGAGAAACGUUGGGGGGUAUGUGUUUGUUAGAAAUAUGUGUUUCUGCAUGUUUAUGCUUAAACUUAUGCAACAAGAGAGGGACGCGCGUGGCGCUGUGGGUUAAACCACAGAGCCUAGGGCUUGCUGAUCAUAAAGUCGGCGGUUCUUAUCCCUGCGACGGGGUGAGCUCCUGUUGCUCAGUCCCUGACAUCCUUUUACAACAUUCCUGAGAAAUUCAGAACCAUACUCUCUAAUUAUCUCAGCUCUGGUGAGGUGGAAUGGCCCAGCGCCAUUGCUAUGUGACACACUAGGAGAUGUUGCAUCUUACGUGGGUGUUAUUUUUCUGAGAAAACCUCUUUUGCCAAGAAGUACAAUGACUAAAGGGCCAGAGAUUUAAACGCAGGUCAUUUUGUUCUCUCUUCCCUUUGCCCUUUUAGUGCUUAAGGAACAUGACAGCCCUUUAGCUGCAUCAGGCCCAAGUGCCAAGUUAUUCUAGUCCAGCAUCCUAAAGUGAACCCUUUAGUCCAGGAAAUGGCAUGCAAAUCCGCAACUCUUCCCAACACCUCUUGCCAGGCCUGAGGGUCCUUGCCUUGCAACCCUCCUAAGGCUCCUCCUCUCCCGGAUGUUUCCCAAGCAGCCUCAAACUGCAUCUGCGCACAUCUGGCCUUUGCUCUGCUCUCCUCAUGAGCACCUAGAAAGGACUGCUGUGAUCACCAAUAGUCAGCAUGGAUUUCUGAAAAAUAAGUCAUGUCAGACUAACCUGAUCUGGUUUUUUGACAGAAUUACAAGCCUGGUAGAUGAAGGGAAUGCAGUGGAUGUAGCCUACCUUGAUUUCAGCAAGGCAUUUGACAAGGUGCCCCAUGAUAUUCUUGUAAAGAAGCUGGUAAAAUGCGGUCUUGACUAUGCUACCACUCAGUGGAUUUGUAACUGGCUGACUGACCGAACCCAAAGGGUGCUCAUCAAUGGUUCCUCUUCAUCCUGGAGAAGAGUGACUAGUGGGGUGCCACAGGGUUCUGUCUUGGGCCCGGUCUUAUUCAACAUCUUUAUCAACGACUUGGAUGAUGGAUUCAGGGGCAUCCUGAUCAAAUUUGCAGAUGACACCAAACUGGGAGGGGUGGCUAACACCCCAGAGGACAGGAUCACACUUCAAAACGACCUUGACAGAUUAGAGAACUGGGCCAAAACAAGCAAGAUGAAUUUUAACAGGGAGAAAUGUAAAGUAUUGCACUUGGGCAAAAAAAUGAGAGGCACAAAUACAAGAUGGGAGACACCUGGCUUGAGAGCAGUACAUGUGAAAAGGAUCUAGGAGUCUUGGUUGACCACAAACUUGACAUGAGCCAACAGUGUGACGCGGCAGCUAAAAAGCCAAUGCAAUUCUGGGCUGCAUCAAUAGGAGUAUAGCAUCUAGAUCAAGGGAAGUAAUAGUGCCACUGUAUUCUGCUCUGGUCAGACCUCACCUGGAGUACUGUGUCCAGUUCUGGGCACCACAGUUCAAGAAGGACACUGACAAACUGGAACGUGUCCAGAGGAGGGCAACCAAAAUGGUCAAAGGCCUGGAAACGAUGCCUUAUGAGAAACGGCUAAGGGAGCUGGGCAUGUUUAGCCUGGAGAAGAGGAGGUUAAGGGGUGAUAUGAUAGCCAUGUUCAAAUAUAUAAAAGGAUGUCACAUAGAGGAGGGAGAAAGGUUGUUUUCUGCUGCUCCAGAGAAGCGGACACGGAGCAAUGGAUCCAAACUGCAAGAAAGAAGAUUCCACCUAAACAUUAGGAAGAACUUCCUGACAGUAAGAGCUGUUUGACAGUGGAAUUUGCUGCCAAGGAGUGUGGUGGAGUCUCCUUCUUUGGAGGUCUUUAAGCAGAGGCUUGACAACCAUAUGUCAGGAGUGCUCUGAUGGUGUUUCCUGCUUGGCAGGGGGUUGGACUCGAUGGCCCUUGUGGUCUCUUCCAACUCUAUGAUUCUAUGAUCCUGCGCAUUCUUGGAGACCAGCGGGGAGGGGAGCUUGUUGCAGCCAGUGUAAGGAAGGAUUGAACUCUGAUUAAUAAGAAUACACACAGAGGCUUGAACCAGCAAGACUCUGGGAAGGGUGUGUAUAAUAAUCUGUCUCUCCACCCCCUGGCCCAGGUCGUUUUAUUCACAAAAGAACUUUUACAGAGUGUUCGUAAGAACCAAUCAGAUUUCUUCUGAGCAUUUCAACAAACCCAUGUGGGGACAAAGUUAAACUACCAAAACUAAUUAAGCACACAUAUUUAUGGGGUAAACAAAACUGAACUACAAAGGAGUGCAUUUGGCAACCCCUGAGGUCAUAAACAAGCAAUAUGCAUGAUAAGAAGGAUGGCCAGGAAGACAGCUAUCAUUAUCACCUUCACGUGAGAUCUGUUUCCUCGCCCUAAGAUUAACAUCCUAAGAUUAACAUAUCAGAAAAGCUACAUCAAAGAAACUGCCCACUGUCUUUGAUGACCCAGGAUGGCCCAGGCGAAGCAACUGGGUUGUGAACGUGACUUGUCAAGAAAGAGAAAUGGAACAGGGAUGCAGAGGUGUGGAUUGAUCAAAAAUGAUAUCAAAAUAGUUUAAACCCAGUCAAUGCAAUGCUUUCAUUGCUGACACAGAUGGCUUACUCUAUAUUUGUUAUAAUUCCUCUUAGCAAUCCCACGUGAUCACUACACCAGUGGGGGGAACUCCUGGGGUGCUUCAACGGUCUCUAGACUCCUCUCCUCUGCUUCAUCAACGGAGUCUGAACUGCUCUCUAUCACAGGCUCCUCCUGCUCACUAAAGCCCGUUGUCCCUUCCGUAUCCUGCAUCUCGUCCCAAACUUCCUCCUCUGACCUCUCCUCAGUGUCCCACAACCAAUCCCCGGGCUCCAAGCCUUCCUCUAUUGGGAUCUCCCUUGGGGGUUCCCCAGCUGGCCCCUCCCACCGCUCCUCUGCAUCCAACCAGUCCCUGACAACCAGAUCCCCCAAUGGGAAGCCCACAAGCAUAUAUAUAUAUGCAGUGGUGCCUCUGUUUAGGGAUGCGGGUGGCACUGUGGGUUAAACCACAGAGCCUAGGACUUGCCAAUCAGAAGGUCGGCGGUUCUAAUCCCCGCGACGGGGUGACUUCCCGUUGCUCGGUCCCUGCUCCUGCCCACCUAGCAGUUCGAAAGCACAUCAAAGUGCAAGUAGAUAAAUAGGUACCGCUCCGGCGGGAAGGUAAAAGGCGUUUCCGACACUACUUCCGGUUUUGCAAAGUUCAUAAACCGAAUUGUUCGUAAACAGCGCUGUUCUUAAACCGAGGUACCACUGUAUAUAAUUUUUAUUAAAUUUUGUUUUACAAUUUAAAAUACUCAUUUUACACCCUUAAGAUAUUAAUGACUUCCUUUCUUCUCUUUCCAUGGCUCAUUUUAUACAUCAUAAAUCCCUGCAUGCUUUUCAAAAGCUACACCAAUCGGUGUUCCAUUAUUGCAUCCAUCAAAACUUGUUUGCGCUGUUGAAUUUAUCUUAAUGCCGCCAGCGUUUUCAUCUGUACACAAUUAUUUCCCAUAUAUUCAAUAAAUGUUUUCCAAUCUUCUUUAAACAUAUGUUUUUCUUGUUCUCUUCUUCUAUAUGUUAAGUCUGCGAGUUGUACAUAUUCUGUCAACUUACGUAAGUUGCCACUCUUCGGGAGUUGGGACCUCGCUCGUUUUCCAUUUCUGGGCUAACGAAACACGGGCCGCAGUAGUAGCAUGCAUAAAUGACCUUGUUUGACACCUGGGGAUUUCAGUCUGAAAUUUCAGACUGAAAUUCCCAGCAGGACAACAGAGUUAAUGAAGUUUUUAGAGAAGUUUUUAAUGACUGGUGUUUUCAUUUUUUUAAAAAAAUAUUUUGUUGGAAGCCGCCCAGACUGGCUGGGGAAACCCAGCCAGAUGGGUGGGGUAGAAAUAAAUAAUAAUAAUAAUAAUAAUAAUAAUAAUGUUGGUUCAGAAACUGCAGCUUGUGCUGAGUGCGGCAACGCAGCCUUUGGCCAGAACAACUCUGCACCCAUGUAUUAUGCAGGUAGGUAGCCAUGUUGGUCUGCCGAAGUUGAAACAAAAUAAAAAAAUUCCUUCCAGUAGCACCUUAGAGACCAACUAAGCUUGCUAUUGGUAUGAGCUUUUGUGUGCAUGCACACUUCUUCAGAUACAUGUAUUAUGCAGUCACUAAAAGCUCCUUGCUGGCUGCCAGGAAAUCUCCUAGCUUUCUUCAAGGUAUUGAUGCUGAUGUAUGAAACCCUAGACAGCUUAAUAGGAACCAGGUAACCUCAAGGAUUGGUGGGGUAUAAGUAAAAAAAUAUUAUUAAUAUUAUUAUUAUUACCGUCAUACCUCGGGUUGAAGUGGCUUCGGGAUGAAUAUUUUCGGGUUGCGCUCGCGCACUCACAGACGCUCAAAAUGACGUCAUGUGCAUGCGCGGAAGUGGCGAUACGCAACCCGCGCAUGCGCAGACACGCAGUUGCAUGUUAUGUUCGCUUCAGGAUGCGAACGGGACUCCGGGAUGGAUCCUGUUCAAAUCCAGAGGUACCACUGUAUUAUUAUUAUUAUUAUUACCCUCUCUCUGCCUGCGAUUCACUGCCACACCAACUAACGCUAUUGCUUCCCCCAUCUCACCCCUCUUUUCCUCCACAACAGCUAAGUACCCGGAGAUCAAGAAGUUGAUGGGCCCCGAUCCCAACAUGAAGUGGGUGGUGACCCUCAUGGUCCUGACUCAGCUUCUGUCCUGCUACCUGGUGAAGGGCUUGCCUUGGAAGUGGGUCUUCUUCUGGGCCUACGCCUUUGGGGGCUGCGUCAACCACUCGCUGGCGCUGGCCAUCCACGACAUCUCCCACAACGUGCCUUUCGGCAACAACAAGGCCAAGUGGAACCGCUUCUUCGGCAUGUUCGCCAACCUGCCCAUCGGCGUCCCCUACGCCACCUCCUUCAAGAAGUACCACGUCGACCACCACCGCUUCCUGGCCGUGGAAGGGUUGGAUGUUGACGUCCCCAGCAAGUUGGAGGGAUACUUCUUCAACACGCCACUGAGGAAGUUCCUCUGGCUCUUUCUACAACCUCUCCUCUACGUCCUGCGGCCGCUCUUCAUCAACCCCAAACCCAUCUCCAAGAUGGAGGUCAUUAACGUGGCUGUCCAAAUGGGCUAUGACCUCCUCAUCUACAGCUUAUGGGGCUUCAAGCCUGUGGUCUACAUGGUCGCUGGAACCCUCUUGGCCAUGGGCCUCCACCCCUUCUCUGGGCACUUCAUCGCUGAGCACUACAUGUAUGCCAAGGGUUACGACACCGUCUCCUACUACGGGCCUCUGAACUGGUUCACCUUCAACGUGGGCUACCACAUGGAGCACCACGACUUCCCCAGCAUCCCAGGAAGCAGGUUGCCACUGGUAAGGCCAACAGAUUAUCUUGGGUUGCCGUCGCGUAGAGCCUUCCAGGCUCGGUGUAGCAGAGGGGGGUCCGCCAAGGGCGAAUGGGGUCUCACCAACUGCAGACUUGUCUCAGCCCUUGCCAAGGCUGGAGUCAGAUGCAGCUCGGAACAAAGAGGCAGAGUCAGUUGUGGGCAAUGUUGUUGUUGUUGUUUAGUCAUUUAGUGGUGUCCGACUUUUCAUGACCCCUUGGACCAGAGCACUCCAGGCACUCCUGUCUUCUACUGCCUCCCGCAGUUUGGUCAAACUCAUGCUGGUAGCUUCAAGAACACUGUCCCACCAUCUCGUCCUCUGUCGUCCCCUUUUCCUUGUGCCCUCCAUCUUUCCCAGCAUCAGGCUCUUUUCCAGGGAGUCUUCUCUUCUCAUGAGGUGGCCAAAGUCUUGGAGCCUCAGCUUCAGGAUCUGUGCUUCCAGUGAGCACUCAGGGCUGAUUUCCUUCAGAAUGGAGAGGUUGGAUCUUCUUGCAGUCCAUGGGACUCUCAAGAGUCUCCUCCAGCACCAUAAUUCAAAAGCAUCCAUUCUUCGGCGAUCAGCCUUCUUGAUGGUCCAGCUCUCACUUCCAUACAUCACUACUGGGAAACCCAUAGCUUUAACUAUACAGACCUUUGUUGGCAAGGUGAUGUCUCUGCUUUGGGCAAAGUUAACUCUUUAGUCCAGGAAAUGGCGUGCAACCCGACCGCCCUUCCCAGCAGGUCUUGCCCCUACAGAGAAGCUGCCGCCGGGACAGAAGGUCCCUGCCUUCCAUACCUCCGAACGCUCCUGGGAAAGUGGGGAGAAGGGACUUUGGGACAACACCAGAAUACAAGGAUUUGUUGCUGCUUCUGCCGCGAGAGAUCAACUGGUCGUGGGAGGGAUCCUGGAUGUUGGGAAGGGCUGGAUUGAGGUUUGAUGGGGCCCUCAGCUCCUGAAGGUAACGGGGCCCUUGAUAUGUCCAGCUGUCCUUUGUCCACAACAAAUUGUCACUGUUUUUUGUGUUGCAUAUAUGCUAUAUGGUAAUCUAUGGACCUAAUAGGUAUCUCAAUAAUAGGUAUGAUGCAAACUAUUAAUAAUGAUAAAUAGCAGAAUAUAAAGGUAAAGGUAAAGGGACCCCUGACCAUUAGGUCCAGUCGUGGCCGACUCUGGGGUUGCAGCACUCAUCUCGCUUUAUUGGCCGAGGGAGCCAGCGUACAGCUUCCGGGUCAUGUGGCCAGCAUGACUAAGCCGCUUCUGGCGAACCAGAGCAGCGCACGGAAACGUCGUUUACCUUCCCACCGGAGCGGUACCUAUUUAUCUACUUGCACUUUGAUGUGCUUUCGAACUGCUAGGUUGGCAGGAGCAGGGACAGAGCAACGGGAGCUCACCCCGUGGCGGGGAUUCGAACCGCCGACCUUCUGAUUGGCAAAGCAGUGAUAUUUGAGAGAGCAGGCUAGCAGGCGGGACCCAUGACUUACAUCAUAGGAGCCUAGACAACACACAACACUCUUAAAUUUUGGAAAUGUACAUCCAGAUUUUUUUCCCUUUUAAUUUUUUGGGGGGCCCCAAGAGAGGGGGGCCCAAACUAGGGCUUGUUUAGCUUAUAUAUAAAUCCUGCACUGAUGUUGGGCCACCAGCAAUGCUCACUGGGUACUUAGCAGGUAAAAGGUAAAGGGACCCCUGACCAUUAGGUCCAGUCGUGACCGACUCUGGGGUUGCGGCGCUCAUCUCGCUUUAUUGGCCGAGGGAGCUGGCGUCCAGCUUCCGGCUCAUGUGGCCAGCAUGACUAAGCUGCUUCUGGCGAACCAGAGCAGCUCACGGGAACGCAGUUUCCCUUCCCGCCAGAGCGGUACCUAUUUAUCUACUUGCACUUUGACGUGCUUUCGAACUGCUAGGUUGGCAGGAGCAGGGACAGAGCAACAGGAGCUCACCCCGUCGCGGGGAUUCGAACCGCUGACCUUCUGAUUGGCAAGUCCUAGGCUCUGUGGUUUAACCCAAAGCGCCACCCGCGUACUUAGCAUGGGCCACCCAAAAAGGGCUGCAUGCGUGUUGGACCACCCUGUCCUAACGAAAUGCAUUGCAUGCCUUUGAAGGGCAGGGUACAUGACACACAUAUAAGCAAUUAAGCAGUUGUACUGUUCAACCGCCCAGCCUGUUUGAUGCCAUUGCCUGUUGAUCAAAUCUUGCAAUAUUCCAGGAAAAACCCCGCCCUAAUUAACUGCAUUCAUGCAGCCCGGACUUUGUAGGCGUUGAGAAAACAAUAAAGUCCCUUCCUGCCAUCUCACAGUCCAAAAGAGAAUAUGCCAAGGGCAUCCUUAUUACUGCAGCAGAUAAUUAUAAUGGUGACAAUAUUUCAACAUAUUAUUUAUUACAUUAUUAUUCUGUAUUCACCCUCACAACAACCCUGUGAGGUAGGUUAGGCGAAGAGACAGUGAGUGGCCCCCAAGGGCUUCAUAGCUGAGUGGGGAUUCAAACCUAGAUCUCCCAGGUCCUAGUCCAGCACUCUAACCACUAGGCAACACUGUGUCUCAUGUAUGCUGUUUUGCAGAACAAACCCAAGGCAGCUCUCAAGCUACUGAACCCAUUAUUAUUAUUUUUAAGGAGAAGAAGGAAAAGUUACAUUCAUCACGAAAUAGCCGAAAACAAGAGUGGCCGCUUCUGCAUUGCUAAAAAUAAUAACAUAACAGGGAAAGGAAACACAUCACAUUGAAAAAGAGGGCACCAAUUUACAUCAAAUUUGAAUAUGCUAAUUUAUAAGACGAUGCAAAUUUAGAAAUAUACAGCAUUUCACCACAGAGGGGAAAACUGAAGCCAGGUGGUUUGUGUUCCUGCCCGCUGUCCAGGUGCCGUUCACUGUUGAGGGGGAAAUCAAUUCACCUUGCGAUUCGUUACCGGGUGGGGAAGGUUUACCUGAAAUAGAAAAAGGCCGGAAAUCAAAGCAGAGACCCCAUGAAAAGGGAGGCCUUUAGUGCUGCUGCCUGAAAGGUCCAGUUCUUAGAGGCAAAGAAGGGCGGUUUCAUUGCACAAACGAAUGUACAAGUAUGUAUUACUUUUUCUGUUGCCAGGGAGGUUCUUUGGCUUUACUUACAUGCUAACACCUCAGUCAACUACAGUGGUGCCUCGCAAGACGAAAUUAAUCCGUUCCGCGAGUCUCUUCGUCUUGCGGUUUUUUCGUCUUGCGAAGCACAGCUAUUAGCGGCUUAGUGGCUAUUAGCGGCUUAGCGGCUAUUAACGGUUUAGCGGCUUAGCGGCUUUAAGAAAAAGGAAACAAACUCGCAAGAACUCGCAAGACGUUCCGUCUUGCGAAGCAAGCCCAUAGGGAAAUUCGUCUUGCGGAACGACUCAAAAAACGCAAAACCCUUUCGUCUAGCGAGUUUUUCGUCUUGCGAGGUACCACUGUACAACUACUUUACGAAGAGAUCAGAAGCAGGAUCACCCAGUUCAGGAAAGAUAACAUUUCGAAAUAAUCAAAAGGCAUGUGUGAGAAGCAUUUGAGUUCCUGGUAUUUCGAAAGUUGGGGAAAUACCAGGGUAGAGCAGAGUGGGCCCCCCCCAAUUGAUUCAUUCAGCCUCCUGUCCAUUUCACGUAAUCCUUCCUGCCAAUAUGACUGAGCUGAAUGGGAGACUCUUAAUCUUAGGGUUGGGAGUUCGAGUCCCAUGCUGGGCAAAAAGACUCCUGCAUCGCAGCGGGUUGGACUAGAUGACCCUCAUGGUUCCCUUCCAACUCUGCAGUUCUAUGAUUCUAGAAUAAGAUUCUGCAUACAUCCUGGCACCCUAAAGGUGGGAGACAGGCAGUCCGACAUAAUCAAUUUUAGCCGCUCUGAAGCGUUGAUUUUUCUACUGCCUUGCAGGGCAACAAAGCAAAGUUCUGAACUUUGUGUGAAUGUGUACAUAUGGAGAAGGAAAGCUCUCGUACUAAACUUCUGCUGCUUUGUGGGAUAUCUUUGUGAGAAGAAAUGGCUCAGGAGAAACCCUUCCACAAAUACUGAGUGGAAUCUCUUAAGACGGUUGGGUGGUGCCAUUUACGCCUGGCCAGAGUGGUGCAUGCUCUGGUUAUCUCCCGCUUGGACUCCUGCAAUGCGCUCUCCGUGGGGCUACCUUAGAAGGUGACCCAGAAACUGCAACUAAUCCAGAAUGCGGAAGCUAGACUGGUGACUGGGAGCGGCCGCCGAGACCAUAUAACACCGGUCUUGAAAGACCUACAUUAGAGCUAUUGUAUUUUAAUAUUUUGUUGGAAGACGCCCAGAGUGGUGGAAAACCCAGCAAGAGAUGGGUGGGGUAUAAGUAAUAAAUAAUAAUAAUAAUAAUAAUCAUUUUACUUCCUGCAACUCCUGCCGCCAAGCUGGUGCCAAAUGCAUAGCUCUGCUUUCUUUUGGACCACCUCAGCGAGGCUUUGAGGGGGGUCUUGUCAUCUGGGCAGCCCAGGACCUCAAAACACACUGCCCAGGCUUGCGCCCGGGGAGUUCACUUCAGCGGUGCUAACAGCAGUUUGACUUGCGCUGCACUCCAUUGUCUCUCGAGACAGAUGGGUGGCAGCUAUUAUCUAUUCAGUACUUUUGCGGUCGAAAAGUCGGAACAUCGGCUUAUUGAAAACAAAGAAAAAGUCGACUUCAAGGGAAGCGCUAUUUUAAAAUGCAAAUAGGGAGAGCCUUUUAUUUUAAUCCCGGGCAGGUGCUAUCUGAUUCAGCGGAAAGCGUUUUGGCAAGCGAAUUUGCUUUUUAGGUUUCUGGUGCCAGGGUGCCAGAAGUAAUUUUCAUAGCUUCAGAGCUCCUACCCUCUGUAGGGCUAUUUAUUUUUAAACCAGGCUUGGACAGGAGACAAUCGUUCGAAUAAAGGACUGCUUCUAUAACCUAGGCCAAAAAAUCCGUUAAAACACCCAAGACCCCCAAUGACUGAAACAAUUUGGACCUGCUGCAAAAUGUUGUCCUACAGAGUGCUCCUCUGCAGUCCAGCCAGCCAUUUCAUCUCCCUUUCCCAGAUACUCCAUUCCAUUCCCCUCCCCUCUGCCUCCAGUUCUCUGUUUAAUAAUAAUAAUAAUAAUAAUAAUAAUAAUAAUAAUAAUUUAUUUAUACCAAGCCCAUCUGGCUGAGUAUCCCCAGCCACUCUGGGCGGCUCCCAAUCAAGUGUUAAAAACAAUACAGCAUUAAAUAUGAAAAACUUCCCUAAACAGGGCUGCUGUCAGACAUCUUUUAAAGAUAGGAUAGCUGCUUAUUUCCUUCACAUCUGAAGGGAGGGCGUUCCACAGGGCGGGUGCCACUACCGAGAAGGCCCUCUGUCUGGUUCCCUGUAACCUCACUUCUCGCAAUGAGGGAACUGCCAGAAGGGCCUCAGAGCGGGACCUCAGUGUCUGGGCUGGACGAUGGAGGUGGAGACGCUCCUUCAGGUAUACAGAACUGAGGCCUUUUAGGGCUUUCAAGGUCAGCACCAACACUUUGAAUUGUGCUCAGAAACAUACUGGGAGCCAAUGAAGGUCUUUCAAGACCGGUGUUAUGUGGUCUCGGCGGCUGCUCCCAGUCACCAGUCUGGCUGCCACAUUCUGGAUUAAUUGCAGUUUCUGGGUCACCUUCAAAGGUAGCCCCACGUAGAGGGCAUUGCAGUAGUCGAAGCAGGAGAUAACCAGAGCAUGCACCACUCUGGCAAGACAGUCUGUGGGCAGGUAGGGUCUCAUCCUGCGUACCAGAUGGAGCUGGUACACAGCUGCCCUGGACACGGAUUUGACCUGUGCCUCCAUGGACAGCUGUGAGACCAAAAUGACUCCCAGGCUGCGCACCUGGUCCUUCAGGGGCACAGUUACCCUAUUCAGGACCAGGGAGUCCUCCACACCCGCCCGCCUCCUGUCCCCCCAAAACAGUCCUUCUGUCUUGUCAGGAUUCAACCUCAACCUGCUAGCCGCCAUCCAUCCUCCAACCGCCUCCAGGCACUCACACAGGACCUUCACAGCCUUCACUGGUUCUGAUUUGAAAGAGAGGUAGAGCUGGGUAUCAUCCGCAUAUUGAUGAACACCCAGCCCAAACCCCCUGAUGAUCUCUCCCAGUGGCUGCAUGUAGAUGUUUCCAUCUCCAACAUUAAAAUGAAGGAUUAAAAGCAUGCUUGAUCCUCACUGGGCAGCUUUUGAUACCCCCUUUCCAUAGAGUUUGUGUUUUCCUCCGAGGGAGGGCACUGCUUGCAAACCUUGGGGUUCCCUUAAGCCUGGAUGGUGUUGUUUAGUCUGCAUAAGGAGCGGCAGUUGGGAGAAUGACCUACGUACUAUGUCCUGGUAUACAGGUUAGAAAUAUUGCUAUGUAACUGUUUUUGCUAUGAAAUUGCCGGGCACAACAUUUUAAGGCGGAUGAUAUGCAGAGUAGGGCGACCAAGAUGGUCAAGGGUCUGGAAACCAUGCCUUAUGAGGAACGGUCGAAGGACGUGGGCAUGUUUAGCCUGGAGAGGAAGAGACUGAGAGGAGAUUGUUGUUGUUUAGUCGUGUCCGACUCUUCUUGACCCCAUGGACCAGAGCACGCCAGGCACUCCUGUCUUCCACUGCCUCCUGCAGUUUGGUCAAACUCAUGCUGGUAGCUUCGAGAACACCAUCCAACAAUCUCGUCCUCUGUUGUCCCCUUCUCCUUGUGCCCUCUAUCUUUCCCAACAUCAGGGUCUUUUCUAGGGAGUCUUCUCUUCUCAUGAGGUGGCCCAAGUCAGGAUCUGUCCUUCCAGUGAGCACUCAGGGCUGAUUUCCUUCAGAAUGGAGAGGUUGGAUCUUUUUGCAGUCCAUGGGACUCUCAAGAGUCUCCUCCAGCACCAGAAUUCAAAAGCAUCAAUUCUUCGGCGAUCCGCCUUCUUUAUGGUCCAGCUCUCACUUCCAUACAUCACUACUGGGAAAACCAUGGCUUGAACUAUACAGACCUUUGCUGGCAAGGUGAUGUCUUUGCUUUUUAGGAUGCUAUCUAGGUUUGUCAUUGCUUUUCUCCCAAGGAGCAGGCGUCUUUUAAUUUCGUGGCUGCUGUCACCAUCUGCAGUGAUCAUGGAGCCCAAGAAAGUCAAAUCUCUCACUGCCUCCAUUUCUUCCCCUUCUAUUUGCCAGGAGGUGAUGGGCCCAGUGGCCAUGAUCUUAGUUCUUUUGAUUUCAUAUGCCUGUUGUUUUUUUGUUUGUUUUAUAUGCCUGUUGUUGAGAGGAGAUAGCCACCUUCAAAUAUUUCAAGGGCUGGCACGGGGAGGAUGGAGCAAGUUUGUUUUCUCCUGUUCUGGAGGGUAGGACUCAAACCCACAGUUUCAAGAGACAAGAAAGGAGAUUAUCGGCUCACCCACACUUCAACUUCUCCUGCGUCUAGAAAGGACGGGUCCAGGAAGUUCUCCUCCCCCACCCCCGGUCCUAUUCUGGGGGAAACCCAUUCUUUAGUGCUAAAUCGGAGCAAAUGUCAACCCGGAGAAAACCUGAAUUUCCAGUUUGCUCUAACUGAGCGAUAAAGAGCAGGGGGCAAGAGGAAAUGUGUCUGAGCUCUCUGACUAAAUAUUUUCUGAGAAGUUAUAUUUUCUGAGAAUCCUCCGGAAAAACAAUCUCUCAAAGGACCUGUACUGUGGAGAAUGUAUUAACUUAUGGUCUCUGUGUGUGGUUUGGGAGCUGCACGGCCAGGGAAAAACAAUGCUGUCCAGGGUUGUAAGGACUGCGGAGAGAAUAACUGGGUGCACUCUUCCCACCUUGGAUCAAAUCUACGCUUCCAGGCGCCAUGAGAAAGCCGCAGAGAUAGCGCAGGAUAGUGCGCACCCCGGAAAUGAUCUCUUUCAGCUUCUGCCUUCUGGAAGAAGGUCCAGGGUUAUAAAGACUAGGACUAGCCGCCUGAGAAACAGUUUCUAUCCAAAUGCGAUUUUGGUUUUAAACGCAGUGAAAGGUAGUCUCUGAGGGAGUGUAUUGUAUUUUAAAAAUGGGGUAUCAGAGUUUUUAGGGGGCUAACCAGGCUGGGAUAGCUGGGAUAGCAGGCUUGUUGGUUUUUGAAUGUCUGAUGUAGAUUCCCCCCCCCCAAUUUUGUUGUUCUGUAUGGGACAAUGACAAUAAAGAUUAUCGUAUUGUAUCGUAAGAGUUGUUCAGCAGUGGAAUAGCAGUGGUAUACUCUACUUUAUUGUAGAUUUCCCAACCAACAGGUGGCCAUCUGUCAGGGUCAAUAAUAAUAAAUUUUAUUUGUACCCCGCCCUCCACAGCCAAGACCGGGCUCAGGGCUGCUAACACCAGGUGUAAAAACAAUUGAUUAAAAUACAACUUAAAAACAAAAUUAAAAUACAACGUUAAAAUGCAGCCUCAUUUCAGUAGAAACUCAAAUCAAAAACUUUUUGGGGAUGAAAACGUCAAAUCUUCACCAAGGCCAACUAUCCAGACUGGUCCUACAUGGGCCAGAAAAAAGCCAGGGAAGUCCCCAAACAGGAGUUCCAUCACAGAAGGAGAAAGGAAAGAGGGGGAGGGGAUCAAGUUGAUUCCAAGUCAAAGGCCAGGCGGUUAGGGUGGUUCCACCUCCCCAGGACCUGACUUGAAUUCAGAUCCCAUAAUCAGUGGCAUCAGGGGAGUCUUUAGCAUAUGCACAGUCGGGGUGGCAAAGAUCCGCCCAGCGCCCCUGUUUCACAAAUGCCGCCGUUGUGAUCUUUGGUAAAUGAGCACACAAAGUCCUUUAGUGAAACAGUAGGUAUACAUUUUGGUAAUACCUAGGUAUAUAUGUAUUUUGUUUUCCUAGCUCGAUGAAAAUUAUUUAUUAUUUCAUAACAGGUGGAUAGUUAAGAGCUUAGGCGGCUUCGGGCGCCCUGCACCCCUGGUACCCCCAGGCAAAGACGGCCCUGAGUCACAUGCACCCCUCAUUCUUCUGUUUCUGUCCAAUCUUCAGUGUUUCGAUGUUUUUCCUUCCAGGUGAGGAAAAUCGCCCCAGAGUAUUACAACCACCUUCCCUACCACAACUCCUGGAUCCUAGUGCUUUGGGACUUUGUUUUCAAAAGGGAGCUGGGGCCCUUUUCCCGCGUGAAGAGGACCCACAAGGGGGACAAGAACUUAUGAAGCGGCAGGGAACUGGUGCUGUGCCUCCUCCCACCCCCCCCGACUUCCAACACCUCCAGUUCUCCCCCCCCCAUGAAGGGGGACGGGGGGGUGAUGAGUAGAGUCGCUGAAGACAGUUCUCAAAAGCAAACCUAAACACAUUUUUACAAAGAACAUCAAGAGAGCCAGCAGCAAGAAUAUUAUUGGCACAGAAGUGGAAGCAAGCAGAAUUACCGAUGAAAGAAGAAUGGAGGAUGAAAUUGAUGGACUGUGCAGAAUUAGAUAAAUUAACAGGAAGGAUUCGAAACCUGUGGGACCAGAGAUUCUUAGAAGACUGGAGUAAAUACACGAACUAUCUGAAAAGUAAUUGUGGAUGAACAUAUUACGCUAGUAGGAUGGCAAGAAGUUUUGUAAGGUGGACUAUUUGAAAUACAGUGGUACCUCAGGUUACAUAGGCUUCAGGUUACAGACUCUGCUAACCCAGAAAUAGUGCUUCAGGUUAAGAACUUUGCUUCAGGAUGAGAACAGAAAUUGUGCUCCGGCGGUGUGGCAGCAGUAGGAGGCACCAUUAGCUAAAGUGGUGCUUCAGGUUAAGAACAGUUUCAGGUUAAGAACGGACCUCCGGAACAAAUUAAGUACUUAACCCGAGGUACCACUGUAUUGCAAGGAAGACUAUGAGAAGAACUAUUAGCUAAUGAUAAUUAAGAGUAGUAGAGAAAUUAAGAGAUGCAGGAUAAGUGAUAAAGAACAAAAAAUCAUCAGAGGUGUUGACGGAAGUCUAAAAUAUUGUAUAAAAUGAAAGUUAUGUUGUAUGACUGUUGGAACUGAUAUAUUUUAAAAAUUAAUAAAAAUGUGUAUAUGUGUAUAUAUAUGAACACCAGAAGAGCCUGCUGGAUCAGGCCAGUGGUUCAUCUAUUCCACUAUUCCACUGUCCUGUUCUCACAGUUACCUCUUCUGCCCCAUAAUUCCUGCAGUUUCCAGCAACUGGUGUACAGAAACAUUUCUGCCUCCGAUUGUGCAGGCAGAGAAUUGCGGCCCUCUCCCCCUCCUCCUCCUCCUCCUCCUCCAUGAAUUUGUCUAAUCCUCUUUUAAAGCCACCCAAGAUUGUCGUUGCCGCUGCCUACUGUGGCAGGGAGUUCCACAGUUUAACUCUGCACUGCGUGAAGUGCUGCUUCCUUUCCUGUGUUCUGAACCUUGCAACUGAAGCUUCGUUGGCUGUCCACGAGUUCCAGGUGUUGGGAGGAGUCGGAGAGAUUCCUAGACACAAUAAAUUGAUCUGAAAUGUAUUUUCUGUUUCUCUUGGAAGCUCCUAAUGGGGAUGGAGUCGUGUGCCUCUUCCCUCCAAGGCCCAUCAACAUGGCAGCGUCGUGGGGCUAGGAAUCAAAAUGGCGGUAUCGUUGGCCUACGG